GUUGAGGCUUAUGUAUAUGGCUUUGAUGGGCUAUGGAGUAAAGCAUCGUUGCUUCUGCGAUUCCUCUCUAGCAGAGUUUGAUUAGCGCCAAUUUAGCUAACCGAAACCAAUCCGGUUUGUUGUCUGUAAGAAAACAAAACCCUAGCUAGAGCUACCAACCAACCUCUAGUUUCCGCCAUUGGAGAGGAUCACUAACUGGGGGGAGUGUAGGAUGGAGAUGGAUUUGUUUGUGACACCGGAGAAGCAGAGGAGGAAUAAUCAAUCUUCAUCAGUGAGCUUGGGGAAAACUCCUGUGAGAAGGAGAUUGAUUGUUGAUGACGAUUCUGAGGUUGUCUCUGAGAAGAAAGGUCAAUCUAGAACUUCUGGUGGUGGCCUUCGCCAAUUCAGCGUCAUGGUUUGUCAGAAGCUGGAAGCCAAGAAGAUUACUACUUACAAGGAGGUUGCAGAUGAAAUUAUUUCGGAUUUUGCAACAAUUAAGCAGAACUCGGAUAAGCCUUUGAAUGACAAUGAGUAUAAUGAGAAGAACAUAAGGCGGAGAGUGUAUGAUGCACUCAAUGUCUUCAUGGCCUUGGAUAUCAUUGCAAGGGAUAAAAAAGAAAUCCGGUGGAAAGGCCUUCCCAUUACCUGCAAGAAAGAUAUCGAAGAAGUUAAGAUGGAUCGUAAUAAGAUUAUGAAUAGUGUGCAAAAGAAGGCUGCUUUCCUUAAAGAAUUGAGAGAAAAGGUCUCAAGUCUUGAGAGUCUUAUGUCGAGAAACAAGGAGAUGGUUGUGAAGACUGAAGGACCAGCAGAAGGAUUUACUUUACCAUUCAUUCUACUUGAGACAAAUCCUCAUGCGGUAGUCGAAAUCGAGAUCUCUGAAGACAUGCAACUUGUACACCUCGACUUCAAUAACACGCCUUUCUCGGUCCAUGACGAUGCUUACAUAUUGAAACUGAUGCAAGAACACAAGCAGCAGCAGCAGAACAGAGUGUCUUCGCCUUCCUCUACACAUCAACACUCUUCUGCUCAUUCUUCCUCCAGUUCUUGCAUUGCUUCUGGAACCUCAGGCCCGGUUUGCUGGAACUCGGGGAUCCAUUGAUACUCGCUAGACCCGUGAUUCUGCUCCCAAUUCCUCAAGAAAGAAGAAGAAGCCAUCUAAUUUGGUAUACUAUAAAAAUUAUACAUCUGGUUUAAGUGUUGCCAUUUGAGAGAGACUGUAAAACUUGUGAUCCAUAGGCCAAUUCACAAAUGUUUGUAAAACCGAUUCGGUUAACUCUUUGUCUGAGACUGAUGAUUUUAACAAACUGAACCGUGUUGAAUCGAUUAGCUAUUUUCUUUCUCAGCUG